AUGGAAACUCCAAAACGAAACGCACCAAUAGCUACUGCAACAUCAGCAACUCUAACUGAAUCAUCUGGUGGUCUUGCCUUUGAAGUGAAACUUGCUGAAUCACCACGACAUGUUGGAGCCAUGCAUCCACCAUCACAUUUUCUUUCACCAAGCGCAAAAGCAAAUCAAAAUGAAAUGUCAAUACCAUUAACACCAGAGAGUAUCACUGAAAAAUUGAAACGUGCCGAAGAACGUCGUCUUAGUUUAGAACAACUUCGUUCAACAUUGCUUGCGGCAGAAAAUAGCCGACCUAUUGAAGUUAGUAAAAUAAAAGAUCAACAAGCUGAAGAAUUUAAAAAGCAAACGGAAGAAAAAUUACAAAAGAAACUUGAAUCAGCAAAAGAAAAUCGCGACCGUGUCCUACAAGCUAAAGUUGAAAAGGCCAAAGCACCUAUUGAAAAAGGUCGUGCUAGUGUUCAUCAAAAGUUAGCUAAACUUGAAGAAGAACGGCAAUUGUUACAAGAAAGAAUUAAUCAAAAAUUAAAUACGGCGGAAACAAAUCGACAAGAACAAUUAGAUCGUUUAAUGGAAAAGCUCAAUGAACAUGAUAAAAAAAUUGAAGCUAUUAAAAGUCAAACUAAAAGCGAAUCAAUUGCAACUGAAUAA